GGGUGUCAGGCAGACAGACAGGCAGCAGCGCAGGCAGCACGAGGGAAAACAGCACGAGGCGGGUUUCUCGAGCGCCAGACUCACUCUGAGGCAACACCAUAAACUACCCUGUCAUCCCCAGCCGUUGUAUCCCCCCUACCCUUUGGUUCCUCACUUAUGUGUUUGCCUGAGCCCAUGCCAGGGGGGUGUGAGAUGGCAAUUAAUGGCCUCCAGUGGAGCUGAAGACAUAAGGAAUGGGGCAUCACGGCCAGCCCUCAUCAUCCAAGCCAAGUCUGCAGUAGUCCAUUCUCCCAAUGCACGAGGCUCCUUCAACGCUGAAAGAAAGAGAUUGCAGGGCGGCGCGGGUGAUUUGGUGCCUCAGCCGAAUGUGAGAGUGCUGUAUGAUCAGCCCUUCUGUGUCUCAGGGAUCCCCUCACAACGUGCCUAUCCACACGUGCCUACAGUCAGAGUCAGCCGCGUACAGAGCACAAGUGCGAGUUCUUUGAAUGGUGCUAGUAAUGGUUUAAGGACACACAGUGUUUUAUCUAAGAGCUUGCCACAUAUUAACGCUGCUCCGGCUGCAUGCCAUAGCCACCGUCAAUCCCACUGGAACCUUGAUUCGUUUCGGUUCAAGUCAGGGCUGUUAGGAAAAAGGGCCUUUUCGCCUCAGCUGUCUGUUUGUCCUGCCUGUCCCUCCCCACCUAAGUCGUCUUCUCAAAGGGUUGUGAUUGAGAAAAUCAUGCCUACUAAUCAGUCUUUGCCUUGGACGAGCAACAAGCUCAGGGAUAACAGCAAUGGAGUUGUGCGACCCCCAAAUGCCAAAAUGCCCUCGUACUCCAAACAAGAGAACGGCGACCUGCACAGUCCUGCCAAUAUCAUAUCCGGCUGCAAUGGAGCACUUUCACGAGGCCUCAAAAUCGAUGCAACAAAACCUCCCCAACCGAGCGUGCCUUUGAAAGACGUUUGCACGGAUGUGCUUUUGAACCACAGCAGGGUGUCCAAGGAUUUAAGGCAGUUUGAGAAGAUUUUAGCCGAAGAUACUAGAGCAAUUGAGUUGGAUUGCUGUGUGGGACACAGUUUCGGCGAAGCUCCUCAGAGAGUGACAAAAAUCAGCUCUGAGGCAGAGUUUGCUGCUGCCGUUGUGCAAAAACUCAGCAAAAACAAUGUACAUGCUAGACACCGGACAUUUAAUGGUCUGAACAAUGUAAAACAUCUCACUGGUAGUACUGUGCCCAUCUGCCUUAUUAAUGAAGAUAAGGAGUCUAAUUUUGCACCUAUGGAAACCAAUAGUGCCCUCAGUUGUGAUAUAGCGGAUGAAAAGUGCCCCUCUGCUGUUGUAUGUGAUGGAAAGACACAGGGAGGCGAUUGUGCCAUUCCAGAGGCGAUUGGCCACGAAAUGGCCUCUCCUCAAUCGCCGUCUGUUUACACAGUGACAAACCAGAUAUCUGCCAUUCAACUCACAAAAGAGGAAUGCUGUCAGGCCUCUCAGGUGGACACAAGCCCCAUGAUGCUUAAAGAAGAGGAGGAGGAUAAUCCUGAGAAUCAGAGACAGGGAAUGCUACUCGAUGGUAAUGAGGAGGAGCUUCCAGAUAAGCUGGAGAAUGACUUCAGUGAUGAUGAUGAUUCAGAUGAUUGUGAUGUCUCCUCAACAAUGUCCAUGGCAGCCUUGUCCAGUGUUGAAGAGCCCAUUAGUCCUGAUGUGGAGGGGGAUCUGGUGGAGAAACCUGCUCUUGUUCCCAGUCUCUUCCCCCACAUGCCCUCUACGCUGUACUUCAGCACUUCCAAUGAAAGAGUGGAGCCCUUGCCUGCUGAACAGAGGAAGCUGCUCAAAUGGAAGAUAACUACAGUCACCCCCAAUGUUGUGAAAAACACCAUCUCCAGAUCACACUUCAAAGCCACCAAAAAGAGUCAUGAUUGGCUUGGCUGUUGGGGUCACCAUAUGAAGUCACCAGGGUUCAAGGCCAUUAGAGAGUUUCAGAAGCUGAACCACUUUCCAGGCUCCUUUCAGAUUGGCCGGAAAGACCGACUUUGGAGGAACCUGUCCAAGAUGCAGGCACGCUUUGGCAAAAGGGAGUUUGGCUUCUUCCCACGCUCCUUCAUUCUCCCACAGGAUAUCAAGCUGCUGAGGAAGGCCUGGGACGACGGAGGCAGCAAGCAGAAGUGGAUCGUCAAACCGCCUGCAUCUGCUCGUGGAAUUGGCAUUCAAGUCAUUCACAAGUGGAGCCAAAUGCCACGCAAGAGGCCGCUUCUCGUGCAGAAGUAUCUUCACAAGCCCUACCUCAUCAGUGGAAAUAAGUUUGAUCUACGCAUCUAUGUGUAUGUGACCUCUUAUGACCCACUCCGUGUUUACAUCUUUAAUGAUGGACUAGUCCGUUUUGCAAGCUGCAAAUACUCUUCUUCUAUGAAGACCCUCAACAACAAGUUUAUGCACCUUACAAACUACAGUGUAAAUAAGAAGAACUCUGAGUAUCAGAGCAACAGCGAUGAUAAGGCUUGUCAGGGUCAUAAAUGGGCUUUGAAGGCACUGUGGCAGUACUUGGCCUCUCAAGGUAUCAACACCACUCUCAUCUGGGAGAAGAUCAAAGAUAUGGUCAUCAAAACCAUCAUUGCGUCUGACCCAUAUGUGAACUCGCUGGUGAAGAUGCAUGUACGUUCUCCCUACAGCUGUCAUGAGCUGUUUGGCUUUGACAUCAUGCUGGAUGAGAAUCUGAAGCCAUGGGUGCUAGAGGUGAACAUCUCACCCAGCCUCCAUUCUAACACACCGCUGGACGUCAAUGUCAAAGGUCAGAUGAUACGAGACCUGCUGAACCUUGCUGGCUUUGUGUUGCCAUUGAGAGAUGACUUUGCACCAUCCAGUUCCAGUGCCAGCAGCUCCACCAACAGUUUAUGUGGAGUGGUGCGAGAUAAAUGGCGAUCAGACAUUUCAACUGAUGAAAAAGUGAAGAGAGCCUUUUAUCUGAGUCAGCGCUUUGGAGACCAGGAUUUCUGUGCCACAAUCCUGGAUGUGCUGACUCCUGAUGAUGUGCGUGUCCUGGCAGAGAGUGAGGACGAGUUGAGUCGUAAAGGAGAUUUUGAGCGAGUUUUUCCCUCUCAUGCUUCCUCCCGUUACCUCCGUUUCUUUGAGCAACCACGCUACCUCAACAUCCUCCUCAACCAAUGGGAACAGAAAUACUGGCUCAACAGGAGCAAAGGUAUCAAUGUACUGAGGGAUUUGUGUGAGAAGAGGGUGCACCUGGGGAACCUGGCAGAUUCUCUUCAUCACUGGUCUUCCAAGUCAUAUCAUGGACACAGAUCUCAGAUGACUAGAUCUGGUGUGCUGGUCAGUCAGAGGUCUGAUGCUGAAGAUGAGGACUCGUCUGACCGUGAGGUUCAGUCAGUCACUAUGAGUCUUCCAGACAUGAGUUUGCUAAGCACCAUCAGCCUGAGCCCCAGUCCCACCUCCAGCUCCAGCCAGGCCAGUGACAGCCUGCCUUCUCACGACGACCUUUGAGCUUGACCCCUGGACAUUUGGAGCUUCCAAACUGUGUGUAUACAUGUCACAUAUCAGCUGAAGCUCCUAGCAGAGCUCCCAGAGUUGUGCUUUUCUGCUUUUGGAGGGAGAUAGGCCUGAAAAGCAGACUAAAUGAAAUAACUGGCCAAAUGGAUGAGUGUUAAUAGCUGUAUUUUAACCAAGUAUUUUGUUGCUGGACCACACAUACAGGUGUAAGUACACAGUGCAUGUGGGUGGCAGGAGGAAUAAGCUUUUCCUGUUUGGGGUUUUGAUUGUGUUUCCAUAUGAGCCUAUAGAUACUUCUGCAUUGUUUACAUCACAGGUCUGUAUACAGUACAGGCAUCAGUUGGGCUGAUUUAAAACGUUUUAAACGUGUGGGAUGAAAUGUGAAGUUUGGAAAAGAGAUAUUAUUGUAAAAAUAAAAAUCAACGUCAUAUGUCUUUUAAUGACAUUUGCAUGCCCUGCUGAAGGGAAACAACAUGCUCAGGUUAACUUUUUAAAUUAAAAUUGCUAUUUGAAAUAUGACCGUUUCAUUUCUUUAUUAGCUCCUCAAAAGUGAGUUCAUAUCAAGAGUCGAUCUCUGGAUCUUGAUCACACUUGUGCCUGUGGUUAUUUUGAGGAUAUCAACUGUUUUAUGCAACAGCUACUUGGCUGACUGGUAUUUCAACUGCACGGAUAGUUUACAGAAAUAGCGUCUCAUAGGGGCAGACUACCUUUAGUGUGUUUUUAGUUACUAUUGAGCACUGACAGUUUGUGUAAUCAGUGAUUUUAUUUUUGCUUUUGCUCAUAGCAAACAUAGAAUUGUUCUCAGCCAGGGGUCUGGGGGCCUCAGUGCACUUCCUAAGGAGCCUCACUGUGACUUAAAAUGAUUCAAAAUGUGGCAAAAGUUUUGAAAUAUGUGAAAACAAGAUUUUUCUUAAUUCACCCCCUCAAAAACUGUUUUCCCUGUCAUUGUUUUAAAAACCAGGUUUCAAAAACCAGGUUUCCUACAGUCCUGAAUAAAUGAGGCAGGCUCAAUUUUUGUGUUAUUUAUUAAAUAAAAGCCCUGUAAAUUCAUUGGUUAAAACAAUUGGGGUUGCUGAAAGCAUUAAGCUCUUAAAACGCUGUGUUUUUUCCCAACUUUAUCAAUGCUUAAGCUGUUUUCUGUGAAUGUGCUAAACCAAACACAUUAAAUUUGUACCCCAGGGCAACAAAACCAGUCAUAAGGGACAAAUUUUUUUUUAAAUUGAGAUUUGUACAUCACCUGAAAGCUGAAUAAAUAGGCUUUCCUCUGAUGUUGUUAAGAUAGGAUAAGAUUUGGCUCAGAAACAACUAUUUGAAAACUAGAAUCUGAGGUCACAACGAGAGAGAAAUUUUACUAUGCAAAAUGUCGGGAAUCACCGGUUUGAAGAAAUGCAGCGUCUACAUGCAAAAAGGGGAAAUGACCAUAAAAGAGAAAACGAGUCAGCAUUGGUGUGGCUGUUCAGAACUGACGAGAACUCCUAGAUGUGAAAAGACAGGGUAAAUGAUAGAUAAUAUAUAGUUGUAAUAAAAUACAAAUAUAUUAAUAUAGUUCUCUAACGUGAGGUCGUUGUGCAGAAACUUGACUAGAAGUUGACUUUUUAAUUUAAGUAAUUUAUUUAAUAACGUCAAUGCUUCAGGUCAAAAUAAAAGAAAUUGUCAGGAUUCUUGCCCUAAAAAUCCUGGUUCAGUUUCAGUUUGGCCAACCACAAACACCAAUUUUUUGCACUCUUCUUCUUGAUUUGUUUCAACUUUUGGCAGUCUAUAGUACUCCGAAUGUUUUUCCUGCUCCGACCGAUUAGUACAGCCCAAAACAUUAUAAUAACUGACCAUUUUCAGCAGCAAAAUAUGCCAGUUUCAUUUGGUUCAGUUGCAUUGUUUACGUUCAGUGCUGCCAAUUUGGCCGAUUGAUGACGCAUUUUUUGGCGGAGUUUCCCUGGUAAAAUUCACAUUGCAGUGACUAAAUAUCAUGUGUUUGAGGUCGCUUUAUCCCGCGGACAUUAAAAACAACUUGUGGAAACACU